CUCACAUGGCAUGACUGUGAAAUCGGUACGGAAGUCAGGGACGGCUAGACAAGUUGACGUGGCGAUUAAACAUAAAACAAAGACAUUUUAAAUACGCUUUCAUGCAAGUUUUCCUGGUGUAAAAUAUGGAGCGGAAGCUGGCAGAAUAUAGAUCCCGAAAGAAAGCCCAGAAGGACCCUGCUGAUCGAGACAUGCAGCCUGAAAUGACGGUUAAAGACCAUAAUGAAUGCUCCACAGAGUCUUCUGUUACUCCACAACUGAAACCGACCACCUGCUCUCAAACUACACAUACAGAGGCUGAUGGUUUGGCAUCUGGCUCUGGUGCUGGUCAUUGGCUUCUCAGCCGUCUGACCCUGUUGAAAGUGUUGCUGUGGCUGGUUCUGCUGGGACUGUUCUCAGAGCUUGGUUUUGGUUUUCCAUUUUUCCUCAUUUCUCUCUUCUACUGGCUCUAUGAGGGCUUCAGGAGUCCAAAGGCACGACAGCCUGGAGAAAUGAGCGCAUACUCUGUGUUCAACCCUGACUGUCAGCCUAUCCUGGGAACUUUAACAGCCGAACAGCUGGAAGGAGAGAUGGGAUACAGGCCAAUGGCCAGAAGAUGACUGAA